AUGACUCAUGUAGGGUUGUUGGCAUGUUAUGCUGGCCUUCUCGCCAGCGCUGCCGCACCAUUCUUAUCGGCGCUUUCCCUCCGCUCUAGCACAGCGACUUCUGUGAAAAACAGCCUCCGCACAAAUUUACUUGCCUCUGGGCAAGAUUCGCCGGUUACGGCGCCCGCAGGCGAGAACAAAACUGAAGAUUGCCUGGCCACCAUAAACAGGCUAAGGAGCGAAAAUCUAAAGGGCCUGUUGGGAACCCUCAACAAGGCGGAAGACAAAGAGGUGACUGCAAGCCUGAAAACGAUCCAGAUACAGGAGGAUACAGACGCUACUGCCGUGACAAUUGCAGUAAAGCUUGCAGGUGAAGAUGUACACACAUGUGCCUCGGGAAAAGACGCGAAUGCGAAGAAGUAUCCCGGACUCGUAAUUCCAUUCGCGCACGGCGACAAUUUUGAAUGCAACGCUUUGAUCCAGGCGACUUACGCGGCCGGACUCGACCACCUCAAACAAUCGAGCUUUGAUUCUUCAACAGGAAUAUAUGAUACUACGAAAGAUCCAUUUGAUAAAGUAGAGGCGAGCAAUGUGGCGUUUCUACUAUCAGCGAAAAGCACGAAGGUUUCAUGUGCCGCCACCAAAGACUGCAAUGCUGGCCACAACGUUUUAUUCUGCUACUUCAUAAGUCCACUUCAAAAAGGACAAAAGCCUUUCACAACCGAACUUUACAAUGCCCUCUGGGGAUUGGAAGCAGGUGCAGCAUCCGUCUCGGUUCCCAGCGCCGCCACCGUUCUUUUGGUCCUGGCGUUGAUCGUUAGGACUUGA